CACAUUUCUCCCUCCUCUCACUCUGCACAAUCUUUCAUUCAUUCCACUUCACAACAGAGUAUGAGCAGAGAGAGAGAGAGAGAGAGAGAGAGAGAGAGAGCCAUUGAAACCAAACGGUGUAGUAAUGCAAAUGCAAGAAUAAACCCUUAUUCUCCUUGCAUUCCCGACAAAAACUAGGAUGAGUUGUAACAGUAGUAGUAACAAUAAUAGUAGCAUUAAGUGCGCAAUUCAAUUUCGCAUUUCGCAAUGCCAUUUCUGAAUAUUCCACACCCACGCCCUUUCUGUUUCUUUCGCUUCCCUCAUUUUCCCUAUUUCAAUUAAUAUUUCAAUAUUUCACUUCAUCUUCUUUCUCUUAUGAGGCUUUCCAUACUGCAACCUCAGCCGCAGCGCUGUCACCAUCCCAUAAAGCGGUGGCCUCGCAUGGACGCCUCCUUCCACCGCCGCAAGGACAAGGUCGUUGUCAUCAUGGGCGCCACCGGCUCCGGCAAGUCCCGUCUCUCCAUCGACCUCGCCACCCUCUUCCCCGUCUCCGAAAUCAUCAACUCCGACAAAAUGCAAGUCUACCGCGGACUCGACAUCACCACCAACAAGAUCCCCCUCGCGCAGCGCCGCGACGUCCCCCACCACCUCCUCGGCGACGUCGACCCCUCCCUCCCGGAGUUCUCCCCCGUCGACUUCCGUCGCCGCGCUGCCCACAUCAUCGACGACAUCACCAGCCGGGAUUGCCUCCCCAUCGUCGUCGGCGGCUCUAACUCCUUCGUCCACGCGCUUCUCGUGGAAAACUUCCAGCCCGACUCCAACGUCUUCCAACACGGCGAGGGGCUUAUAUCCUCCGAGCUGAGGUACAGGUGUUGCUUCCUCUGGGUCGACAUAGCCUUCCCUGUGCUAUCGCAAUACCUGUGCCACCGAGUCGACGACAUGCUCCAAUCGGGGAUGGUCGACGAGUUGGCUCAGUUCUUCGACCCUGAGGCUUCCCGUCGAACCGGGUCCGGUCUCAGAAAAGCCAUUGGGGUUCCCGAGUUCGACCGCUUUUUUAAUAUGUACCCACCCUGGGCCGGCCCCGCGGGCCCGGGCGAGGAUCCUCUGCGGAAGCGUGCGUACGAGGAAGCGGUGCGGGCGAUCAAGGAUAACACGUGCGAGUUGGCGGAGCGUCAGAUGGAGAAGAUCGAACGGUUGAAGCGCGCCGGGUGGGACCUACGGAGGAUCGACGCUACGGAAGCGUUUCGAGUGGUGCUGACGUCAGGGUCCAACAAUGGGUCCGAUGUAUGGGAGAGACAGGUGUUGGAACCAAGCGUGAAGAUUGUGAAACGCUUCUUGAUGGAGUAGGUCUUCCAGCUAAAUCCAGCUACUACUCCUACUCUCUUUUUUUUAUUUUUUUCAUUUUUUUUUUCUCUUUUUCUAUCUGUUUAUUUAACCCUAAAAAAUGGAGGAGGAAAAAUUGGGGGAACGGAAAAUGUACAAAACAAAAAUGGGAAUGGGAGUUGCGAAUUGUGCUGUGGGAGGAAUGAUUAUGAAUGGGUUUUGGUUUCGGAGUUGCGGAGGAUUGUUGGGUGUUAAGGUUUGGCACGUGCGAAUCCACAAAUUUUCUCGAGGCUGAUUUGGCUGUAAAAAAAAAUGGAAAGUAGUAUAGCAGAUGUUGAGAAAAAUUUUGUUAGCAGUAGGGUUUUAUUUUUUGU